AUGAUAUGUUUCCUUUUUUUUUUUUAAUCUCUACUAAAUCUAAAACUAAAAAGGGCCACCCACUUCUCUCACUCGGGCAUCAAGAAGCCCGAAGCCCUUUUCUGAAGUUGCCCUCCAGACGAGAGAAUCCCUAAAAAGUCCCUAUUUUCCUCUGCCACUCUCAAUCCUCCCAGGCUAAAAAACACAACCUUUGCCUGCAAAUCAUGAUCAGAUUUUGUCACCUGUGCGCGGGCUGGACUGGUAGGAAAUAUCGGGAAAUUUUCAGAAAAAUCGGAAAAAAAUCGGCUAUACAAACCGAAAAUUCGCCGAUAAAUUGCAGUGUCCGGCUAUUUUUUGAAGAUUUCGCCGAUUUUUCGUCUGCAUCCAUUUUUCAGCGAUUUUAACCGAAAUUUGGCGAAAUUUCUCCCAUCGACAUUUCGCCCCCCUCUUUCGUAUCGCCGACCACCGAAACCCGAGAUUUCGGCUAAAAAAAUGGAAACUUUCAUCCUUGAUUUUCACCGAAGUAAUGCUGAACUCAUGUUGUAGUUGCACUAGCAUUAAGGUACGGCUUGAGCACGAGACGCAAGCUCCGAUCUCCGUCAACACAAAAGCAUUCGGUCAUUUUUGCUCCAAACGCUGCGUUUCGAUCGAUCACUGAGUUAAAGACUCCAAACACAAAUUCAAAGGAUUCAAAGAAGCAGGAGCAGAAGCAGCAAAGACCAUGUCAUUCAUGAAAGGAGAUCUGCUCGCAAGAACGAGAAAGCUCGUUAAGGGCUUGGCUAAGGCUGAGCCAGUCUGGCUGAAAGCCAUGGAACGGGCCCCACCUCCAACAUUUCCUCGGCCUGAUGGAAAAGUUAAGAAAAUCAGUCUCCCUGAGGAUUUUUAUAUUCAAAAGUUCUUUCAGAAGCAUCCAGAUUCUAAAUAUGAAGAUGCUAUCAAGAUUAGUGCUUUUAACCCCCCUCCAGCCCGUGUAUUUGGUUGUCGGGUGCUUGAGUUGAAGGAACAGGGAGUCAGUGAGGAAGAGGCCAUGGCUGUAGCCGAUAUGGAAUAUAGGGCAGAGAAAAAGGCCAAAAAGAUGGCAUAUGCUCGACUGAAGCAAAUUGCUCGUCUUCAAGGGAAGAGACUUCCUCCUAACCCAUAUCCUAGUGCUAUCAAGGAGAUACAGGCUGAAGAGAGGAAAUAUGUUCGUGACCGUUUCUUCAAUCCCAAGAUACUUAAAAUUGUGGAGAAGAUGAAAGAGGAGAAAGCAGCUGCGAUGCAGGACCGAAUGAGAGGAGGUGGCUGGCAAUCUUUUUGAAGUGGCAUGCAGUUGGAAUAUUGAGCCUUUUUUUUUUAUCUCAGAACCUGAGCCCCAGUAAUGUUCUUAGAGUAAGCCAGAAGUAAAAAUAUUUUUGAAGAGGACCAACUAGCUUUAAAAUGAUGUAUGGAUGAUGGGCUUUGAAAUGAUCUAAGCUUAGACCAUAUAUUUUUGUUUUCAUGCCCAUAUUUGUUGGUUUACUAAUGAGGGAAACUAAUUGCGGAGAUGGGUAUGAAACUUAUUUGAUGUUAUGAGAAUCUACAAAUAAUCGCAUUGUGUUUGAUUUUU